AGGGGACGAAAGGCCCAGUUCGUGCCUCACUCUCGCACUCGGUCUCGCUCUUUGCUCUUCGGAGAGAGAGAGAGAGAGAGAGAGAGGAGCGAUCGGAGUGUCAGUUGCUGCUGCUGCUGCUGCUGCUGAGCGCAUUGGUCGAUCGGAGCGAGGAGCCUGAUUGAUUGAUUCAUUGAUUGAUUGCGGUGCAUGGCCGGCUGGGGCAGAAUUGGUGGUGGGAACCCUGCGGGCCGGCCCGCGGAGUGCUCCGAUGCCGAUGAGUGCCGGAGCCUCGCCUGCAGGAGUGUGAUCUGAUCGCCUGAAUGAAUGAAUGUCUUCGAGGCGUUGACGCGGGGCGUGCCGAGGUUUUUUCUCUCGGUGAGCAGGGCCCGAGGUGGCUAACGGGGGCUUUAGUUUAAUAGGGCUGUGUGUGAGCGUGGGGCGGAGGUUGAGUGCAAUUGGGCAGCGAAGGGUGUGAUCCGGGGUCUUUUUUUCAGGAUCAUGGGUAUGGGCGAAGUAGGCAGACACGGCAGCACGAGGAUUGGGUAGAGAUAGCGCUGUCGAGGAGGAAGUUUUGGACACAGAGGUGAGGUCAAAUGCCGGGUGUUGGAAUUCCAGCUCUUGCCGGGAGCGAAAUGAGCUGGGAGUCGAUGGAGCUCGCGCGCACUCGAAUUGAUGCCCUCGGGCACGUGCUGGGUCAAUACGACUUCAUUGAGCAGCUCAAGGAAUCGGAACAACCGAUCAAGGAGCUCUUGCAGAAUGCAGCAGUCAUUGAUGCCAUUACCUCUAGGAUAUCAGACCCGACAUCUGGAAAGGCAGGUGAUGAAUUGUGCCAGUGGUUGUACGAAUCCUACCAGACCGGCGACGCGCAUCUCCAAGCUGUGGUACUCCGAUAUAUGCCAGCUUUGUGUGGGACAUAUUUCUCGCGCAUGUGUGGCGAUAGCGAUGAACCCUUGGCAGGUUUUGAAGCUGUACUUCUAGCCCUCUAUACAGAAGAGUCAAAGGCUCGCGGUGGUCGUCCUCUUUUGAUCCAUCUUCCAAGCCUUUCACAACCUAGUCUCUAUCACACACCUAAGCCAGCGUCUCGAAACUCAGUAGCCUCUCAGGUUCAUCAGCAUGCCGAGCAACUAUGUGCCCCUUUGGAGCCACAAACAGCUGUCAAGAGCACAAAAAGGGCUGCUAUCGUAGGAUUAGCCCUGGAUCUUUUCUGGAAGAAAAUUUCUUUCAUGCCUCCAAAGGCUAAGCUGGAGUUUUGCCAGCAUGCCAGAAGGUGGACUACGAUGGGUUGUUCGUGGGCCUCACAGGUUGAUGAAAUUGCAAAACUGGCACUUCUCACAGCUGAGCCUGUGCAACCUCCUCCUGAUGGAAUCCAUGCUCCGGAAGUAGGAUACGCGUUCGCAACUGGAGAGUCGAUUGCCGUUGGCCAAGCUGUGUUAGAGCAGCCACCUCACCACCGGACAGUGGAGGCAGGCAAGGCCGUUCUCAUCGACAGAACAUCCUCUGAUGCUGCUUUCUCAUCUGCACCUGGUUCAGUCUCAUUCAAUUCUGCUACAAGUAGUGUUGAACAAGAGGAACCUGGGGUGAAGCUGCCGCUUUCGCUAGACCUGCUGCGGCCCAUUUUCAAGGUCCUUGGUCAUUGCCUGAUGUCAUCUAUGAGCCCUCCAGAACUACAGGAGGAGGCGGCCGCCACUGCACGCGCUCUGUAUGUGCGUGCCUCUCAGGAUCUAGUUCCGGAAGCUAUUAUGGCGGCCCGAAGUCUGGUAAGAUUGGAUGCCCACGCAGCUGCGGAAGCUCGUGCCAUUGCGGCGUCCUCUUCCUUGAGUUCUAUGUCCACGCCGAACAAACCUAGGAAGUCGGACAUGUUCUUGAUGCCGUCAUAAUACCUCAUGUUCGUUCUCUUGAGAAUAUGGACAGUUUUGGGAUAUCAAGGAGAAUGCAAUGCUUCCUGGAGUUCUUGAAAGUCACUGCUGUGAAACAGGCCAGAUUAUUUAUACCUUCCAGAAACCACGGGGAUCCUGUUAAAGUAAGUGGCCAACUCAUGCCCUGUUGAAUGCUUGUGGGCAUGGGCUGAGUACCAACUCAGUCCAUGCCCCACAUGUUACGAAUUCCUUAAAUUUCAACUGCCUUUAACCCUCUAUGCACAAAGGGUCACUCGAGUACCAUCGUGGCCAUUCUACUGAGAGCAGCAGAUUAAUCGAAUUGCAAGCAUCCAACUCGGACGCGCUUCGACCGCGCUUAUUUCCGGGGUUUGUUUACACACUUGAAGUGAACCCCUCCAACUUCUUGCAGGACAGUGAAUCAGAAGAGGUCUAAUUGCAGGUCAGUCGAUACAAGAGGCGACAGUUUUCUGUCCUGUUUUGACAGACCUGGAACAGAAGCGUUCUCGCAUGUUUGAAGUUUGUGAGCUGGCGGGAUCAUAUUGCGACGUUUUCCAAAUCAGCCGUGGCUGAGUUUUCCAUCUACGAUGACAAGGAGUUCUCACUGUUACGUGAUGUAGUAUUACUGAAAUUGGUGUUACGCUGUGUUCUGGUCCGCGAUGUGGAGGAUACCUAUGUGAUUACACCGACUUGAGUUGGAAGCUUUGUUAUGAAUACUUCCUAGUCAAUUGCAAUAAAGCAGAUGGUCUGCGCCUUU